ACAGAAGUUCCAUGUUCAAGAUAUUCUGUGAGCAUGAAGACAAUUUUCAAGAUGAUUUCCAACGGUUGUUUGUCAUAGAUUGGGAAACACACAGUGCAAAAAACAUCUAUCAAUAUGAAGACUAUAGAAAGCCCUCUGCUUAUGGGAGUUCACUUCACACAUCUGGAGGAACUCAAACUGUAAGAAAGCACUAUCAAUGUAAUGUACGUGGAAAACAUCUGAGUUCUUCCAAUUCUCUUCGAGGACAUGAAAGAAUUCAUAGUGGUGAAAAACCCCAUGACUAUAAACAAUGUGGUAAAGCCUUUC